GACUCCGCGUCUCUCUCGCGAGCUGCCCCGCGCCCCCCGCGCCGAGCACCGCGUGCUGAUUGGAGCAGACGCUCUAGCAGCACGACGUGGUCGUCUCCUUGGAGUCCCCGUGCGGGAGCCCGACAAUCGACUCGUGCACGGCAGGGCAGGCCGGCAGGCGCAGCACAACCGCCACCACCGCAGCAGCAGCAGCCGCAGCAGCAGCAGCCGCAGCAGCAGCAGCCGCAGCAGCAGCCGUAGCAGCGUAGCGGGGCUCAGCGGGCAGCUCGCGGCGCCCAGCCAUCCGUCCGGCCAGGCCAGCCGCCGCCGCCGCCGGCCGCAAAGCGCUCAGCAGGCAGUGCCAGUCCAGCCGCAGCAGCCCGCGACGUCGGGAGCGUGCAGCACCAGGGCGCACUCCUCCGCGUGGUGCCCGCCGCCAGUGCCCGCCGCCAGUGCCAGUGCAGCCGCAGUGCAGCCGCAGUGCAGGCCGGCGCACAGAGGCGACUCUUCGCGCGCGCCGCCCCCCGCAGGCCCUCGCGCAGGUGGACCCCCCGCGCCGACCCGAGCCGAGCCGCGGCGCCUUAUCUUAUCUCCGCGAGCUUCGGGCGCAGCUCAUCGACGGGGACCUCCUCCCCCCCGGGAGUGCACCCAGUGCCCGCACCAGUGCCCGUCGUCCGCGCCGCGCCGGCAGGCGUCCCGUCCCCGCAGUGACAGUGACCGGCACCCCCAGCACCACCAUGACCAUGGCCCUGUACGGGCUGCUGCUCGUCAGCGCGGCCACCGUCGGCACGGCCCUCAGCGCCGGGACCUCGUCGUACGCGGACUCGGUGGCCACCGACACCACAGCGAUGAUAUACCUGUCGCAGUACGGCUACCUAAGCCCCUCCGUCAAGAAUCCAGCCAUGAGCCACCUCAUGUCGGAGGAAUCCGUUUCCAAAGCCAUCUCCGAGUUCCAGUCCUUUGUGGGGCUCAACAUCACGGGGAACCUGGACACGGAGACCCUGAAGAUGAUGAGCAUCCCCAGGUGCGGCGUGAAGGACAAGGUGGGCGUGGCGUCCGACCUCCGCAGCAAGCGCUACGCCCUGCAAGGCAGCCGCUGGCGCGUCAAGAACCUGACGUACAAAAUCUCCAAGUACCCGUCCCGCCUGCGAAAGCGGGACGUGGACGAGGAGAUCCGUCAGGCCUUCUCGCUGUGGUCCGACUACACGGACCUCACCUUCACGCCCAAGCAGAGCGGCUCGGUGCACAUCGAGAUCCGCUUCGAGCGGGGCGAGCACGGCGACGGCGAUCCCUUCGACGGGCCCGGCGGCACCCUGGCGCACGCCUACUUCCCCGUCUACGGCGGCGACGCGCACUUUGACGACUCGGAGCGCUGGACCAUCAACUCGUUCAGCGGCACCAACCUCAAGCAGGUGGCGGCGCACGAGUUCGGCCACUCGCUCGGGCUGUCCCACUCGGACGUGCGCGCCGCCCUCAUGGCGCCCUUCUACCGCGGCUACGACCCCAGCCUGUCGCUGGACGAGGACGACAUCGAAGGAAUCCAGGCACUCUACGGCCGCAAAUCGAGGAACACGGACAGCGAUAGCGAUAGCGCUGGAACGUCCAACCGGCACAGCACCACCGAGGCGCCCACGGAGGAGGACGCCGAGCUCUGCACCAGCGCCUCUGUCGACACCAUCUUCAACUCAGCGGACGGCUCGACCUUCGCUUUUAAGGGCCAGCACUUCUGGAAGCUGACGGAGGAGAGCAUCGCGCCGGGCUACCCGCAGCGCAUCUCCAAAAGCUGGCCCGGGCUGCCCGGCGACAUCGACGCCGCCUUCACCUACAAGAACGGCAAGACGUACUUCUUCAAGGGAUCGCAGUACUGGAGAUACACAGGGAGGAAAAUGGACGGCAACUACCCCAAGCCGAUCUCCGAGGGCUUCACCGGGAUCCCAGACAACCUGGACGCAGCCUUCGUCUGGAGCGGCAACGGCAAGAUUUACUUUUUCAAACGCGACAAGUUCUGGCGGUUCGACCCCUCGUCACGGCCCCCUGUCAAGAACACGUACCCCAAGCCCAUAGCCAACUGGGAGGGGCUGCCCAACGACCUGGACGCCGCGCUGCAGUACACCAACGGCUUCACGUACUUCUUCAAGGGCGGCCAGUACUACCGCUUCAACGACCGAGCGUUCGCCGUCGACGUCGCCAACCCACCCUUCCCCCGGCCGGCGGGCUACUGGUGGUUCGGCUGCCGCUCCGCCACCAAAGGCAGCGCUCUCGGUAAUUUGCAGUCGGAGCAGAAGGAGGUUCGCGACAAGGUGCUCUCGGCGCUGAUCGUCGCCGACCCCAAGGCACCCCUCGCAGACGGAGAGGUGUCCGGGGCCGCGGCUCAGGGCAGUGCCGAGGAGUACCAUCGUGACGAGGCGGAGAACGACCACGUGGACGACCUGAUCCUGGACGCAGCUGGCCCCUCUGGUGAGGACAGGAGUCCGCACGACGAGGAGCAGCCCACACCUUCAACGGCGGCCACCACCUUCUCGUCCGCCCUCUGCGUCCUCGCCUUCAGUCUGGUUUUGCACCUGCUCGUGUAGCUGGAAGUCGUGGACAGAACGAGCAAUCCGUGUUCCAAAAGAUGUUGCCUCGAACGCUGGUCGGUCGAGCAGGAGCUCCGUCGGUUAAGGCGCGCUUGGGCGAUGUGCGACCAGGAAAAGUGCGCCCAUGACGUUCACGCGUUGGCUCAAGACUUGAACAGGUUGUCAUCCUUUCUCGGAAAGUUUGACUCGUUGUCGCAAUGGCGACCGAGAUCUCAGACAUAUCAAGAGUGAAGCAGUGCCCUAUUCUUCCUCGUACCAUUUUAUUUUUUGCGGCUGGACUAUGCAUAGUUUCGAUCAUUGUAAGAAUUUGUUAAAAUGAUGCCGUUUUCUACAGCUAUUUUUACCUUUAUCUAAAACCUAAUCUAAAUUAUUAAUCAGUUGGGGGUUCACUAUAUCGUUAUUUGAUGACAGUGAGAAGAAUGUAUUAAAAGUAGCACUUCAAAUCAACGCAGUUACGAUUUCGGGCCAUUUUUUUGCGGGAUGGUGCUUGGCAUUUUUAAAUGUGUUGUUUUAUCAGAACCAUUCUUGAUUGUCCUUAAACACAUUGGGCGUAGUGUUUUAUAUGUUUUUUCAUUAAAUAUACGUUUUAAGUUCGUGUCCUUACCUUUUUGAGAAGUACUUUAGCCAACAUGACUGACAUUAUGUGUUUAUUGUAGCUGUAAGAAACGUAUCGUUUCUGGAAAACGUUCUUACAAUUCCGGUAAUACAACCGCUGCGAAAACGCAUUUCUUUUACCAGUGCAUCUAGAACUGAUAUGACUCAAUAUAUAGGGACCAUUAAUCGAUACUUUAUUAGUACAAUUACUAUUUGAUUUGAGUGUAACAUCACAUUUGGGUUGUGUAUUUUUAUAUCUGUCUCUGACCGUUUCUUGAUAAAGACAUAAAUUUAAUCGGGAAUGUUUACAAUAAAUUAGUUUAAAUUAAAGAGAAAAAUAUUGUUUCCGUCGGGGGAUGAAACGCAGAGUAGCAUUUAGACCUAAUUUCUCGAUUAUGUGAAUUGUGUAAAUGUGUGAGUGAAAAUUUGCCUGCGUGAGUGUGAAAAUGUGAUAUUCGUAGAGCGUCAUUAAUUAAGAAAGAUGACUGUGAUCCAUGUACCUAGUUGUUCAAGUUGCUAUUGCGCGCAGCUCAAAAUGUACAUAUACAUCAUUAAUCAUAUUGUACAUUACAAUUGUGACAUUUUAAAGCUAGCUGCUCUAGUUCUUUACUUUCUUUGUGCGAAAGAGAAGAAAAUAAAUUGUUGGCAAAGAUGUCAA